AUGUGGUUGGCUGACAGUCCUCUAGCUCUGUGGUUCACAUGGUGUGAAAAUGUCGUUGUUAAGGCACAGACCUGCAUUUGUCACCUCAACAUUUGUUCAGACCCCAAAUCUGUUACAGUCGCUACCCUCUGGACAGUGGGAAGCACAACCACCAGAUUUUACACAUUCGAGGAAGCCAAACCAGGAACAGUUAUUGGGAACCUGUCACUGGAUCUGAAAAUCCACACGUCCUAUUAUCCAAACACAAGCUUCCGUUUCAUGCAAGAGGGAAAUUCAUCUCUGAUCAAUAUACAAAAGAACGGUGGUCUUUUGACAGUGGGAGAGCGCAUAGACCGGGAAAGCCUCUGCCAAAGGUCUCCGGUGUGCCUCAUCACAUUUGAUGUUGUAGUUGUUUCAAAGGACAAGUUUGACCUUAUUCAUGUGGAGAUUCAGGUAAGAGACAUCAAUGACCACUCUCCUCAGUUCACCCAUAUUGAGAUGCAACUCGAGAUUGCAGAGGAUGUGGCUGUGGGCACACGGUUCCCGUUAGAUGUCGCGAAUGAUUUGGAUAUCGGACACAAUUACAUCCAAAGUUAUCACCUAUUUCAAAACAGCCAUUUCAGUAUCGAGACAAGGAGUGGGGAGGAGGGCAUUAAAUAUCCUCAACUCGUCCUGGUGAAGGAACUUGACAGGGAAGUAGAAGACGCUUUUACUCUUCAAGUUACGGCGAGUGAUGGUGGCGAUCCUCCGAAGCUGGGAAUGCUAAUAGUUAAAGUCAACGUUUUAGACUCCAACGACAACAGCCCUCAGUUUGAGCUUGAUUCCCUUAAAUUUGAGCUUCAUGAGGACGCACCAGCUGGGUAUCUUUUGUUCAAACUCCACGCAGUGGACCCUGACAGUGGUAUAAACAGUGAUGUGCGGUAUGAUUUUGUGGAAGGUGUUGUCAAUGAGCUCAAGGACUCUUUUUCAAUUGAUCCGUUGAGCGGUGCAGUGACUCUUAAAUCACAGGUAGACUACGAGACAAGAAAAUCCAUUGAGCUCAAUGUACAGGCGUACGAUUUAGGUGUCGACUCUAUUCCUUCCAUUUGUAGAGUCACUGUUGAAAUUAUGGAUGUGAACGACAAUGCUCCUGAAAUCUCUAUUACACCAAUGACAUCCACGAGCGAAGGUAUCGCUUACAUCACCGAGGCAGCAGCAGCGGAGAGCUUUGUCGCUCUCAUCAGCACCACGGAUAAGGACUCAGGAGUCAACGGACAAGUGCAUUUAAGUUUGAACGGACAUGAACAUUUCAAACUUCAACAGGCUUAUGGCGACACAUUUAUGAUCAUCACAACAGCCACUUUGGACAGAGAGAAGAUUCCCGAAUACAAUCUGACAGUUACGGCUGAAGAUUUGGGUUCGCCCCCUUUUAGCAUUUCAAGACAAUACACGAUCAGGGUGAGCGAUGAAAAUGACAACCCUCCACUGUUUAGUAAAUCUGUCUAUGAACUUUCAGUUAUGGAAAACAAAGAACCUGGCUCUUACAUUGGCACUUUAGUCGCUCGUGAUCCAGAUGCAGUGGCAAACGGAAAAGUGACUUAUAAAAUGAUUGAUACAGAGAUCGCCGGAGCUCCGCUGAGCACUUUGGUUUCAUUGGACUCUGUUUCUGGCACUCUGUUUUUAGUAAAGUCUCUUGAUUAUGAACAUUUAAAGCAGAUAGAAGUAAGUAUUGAGGCUACUGAUGGAGGUUCACCAAAACUGUCGAGCUCAGCGCUCAUCAAAGUCAAAAUAGUGGAUAAAAAUGACAACGCCCCUGUCAUUACUCACCCUGAUCUUGUUAAUGAUUCUGCUCACGUGUCUCUACCCUACAAUACUCCAGCUGGUUACGUUGCCCUAAAAGUUAAAGCCCACGACAUGGAUGAUGGUGUGAACAGUAAACUUUCUUUCAGCCUACUAGAAGACAAAACAAGAAUGUUUCUGAUAAACAGAAAUACAGGUGAUAUCGUGUUGAAACACAUUCUAAGUUACAAGCGAGGAGACUUUCUAGAGAUAAAGGUGAUGGUCACUGAUGGUGGCAGGAUUCCUUUUUCUUGCACUGCCAAUAUACGUUUUGUGGUCACGGAGGAACAGCCUGUUGAGGAGCAGGUGGUCGUAUCUAUUGAAAUGACUGGUGUAGAAGAAAGUGAAGAACAACAAAGGACAGACCUCAAGGCUCCCCUCAUUGUUAUUCUUCUUCUCGGCGCUGGUUGCAUGCUCUUAUUGGUUGCUAUUCUUGCUGUUGCGCUCUCACAUAGGCCCAGCCAAAGAAAUCCAAACUUUGGGAAAGAGAACCCAAACUCAGAAAGUUUCUUUGCCAAUGCUCCAGACUCAAUGGACACUUUUGACUUAUCCGAUUCCAGCAGAUGCCAUGAAUCCGGCGAUACGGUCAGUGAGCAAAUUUCCUCUAUAAGAGAAGACUCGUCUUAUGAGGAGCAAAGUCAAGAUUCGGACAGCAAGAUGUUCCACCCCCUCCUCAAGAAGCCCAUUGUUUAUCCUAUAACCAUUUGGCAAGGUCAAAUGAGCAGCAUUGUUUCCACUGAUGAGACAAGCACGAAGGACAGUGGGAAAGGUGACGGUGACUUUAUUGAUUGCAACUCUGAUAUCGGUGGAGAUACAGGCAAGAACAUUUCUGCCGUGGGACAUCAGCAAACCAGCAAUUCUACCUGUUCUGUAUCAAUGGGUGGACUGUGCAGGAAAACAAGGGAGAUUUCAACAAACGUCUCCAGCACUCCUGUCGGCGGCAGUGGGUACAAAAUAGCAUAUCAUACGUCAACAUUUGGACAUCAUUCAGCUAAUGUGUCAUCAUCUCUGAGACACUAUGGCUACACAUUCCACCCCAUUACAUCUGAACAACGUCAAGUCCCUGUGUGUCACAGAAUCAAGAGCCAUCCGUCUCAGGUUUAUCAACACCACAAUGAGCCAUGUUCACAUCUGGAGAGACGAGCUCAACUGACUGUAGAGGAUCUGGCCGAGGUCAUCACUGCAACCUGA